UUGGUUAUACUAAACAUUUACCAAAAUACUCAAUUUCCCUUUAAAUCUCCCCUCUCACCACCUUUCAGUGCUUUCACUGUCUCAUCCUUUGACAAAUGCUGUGUGCGUCAAACCAAAACCAGAGCUCUUAAACUCUUUAAUCGCCAAAUCUCUGAUAAUGGCUAACCCAAUCAAAGUCUUUGAGCUAAAUACCGGUGCUAAGAUCCCAUCGGUGGGACUUGGAACAUGGCAGGCCUCUCCUGGCGUCGUCGGUGAUGCUGUCACCACCGCUGUUAAGAUUGGCUAUCGUCAUAUUGAUUGCGCUCAGAUGUACGACAACGAAAAAGAGAUUGGGGCAGCUUUGAAAAAAUUGUUUGAAGAGGAUGUAGUAAAACGCGAGGAGUUGUUCAUCACCUCCAAACUCUGGUGUACUGAUCAUGACCCUCAAGAUGUGCCAGAGGCGCUGACCAGAACUCUACAGAAUCUGCAGCUUGACUACGUCGAUCUCUAUUUGAUGCACUGGCCUGUACGGAUGAAGAAGGGUUCUGUUGGACUUGAUCCCGAGAACCUUUUGCCUGUAGACAUUCCUAGCACAUGGAAGCUAGCUACUCUCUUGGAGUUAUCUCGUGUUCCUCCUGCUGUUAAUCAGAUGGAAUGUCAUCCUUCUUGGAGACAAGCUAAACUACGAGAGUUCUGUAAAUCCAAAGGAGUUCACCUCAGUGGAUACUUCCCAUUGGGUUCUCCAGGAACAACGUGGUUCAAGAGCGACGUUCUGAAGAACCCUAUACUAAAUACUGUUGCUGAGAAGCUUGGAAAGUCUCCUGCUCAAGUUGCACUUCGCUGGGGACUACAAAUGGGUAACAGUGUACUCCCCAAAAGCACCAAUGAAGGAAGGACCAGAGAGAACUUAGAUGUUUUCGACUGGUCAAUACCCGAUGACUUGUUUGAAAAGUUUUCUGAUAUUGAACAGGCUAGGUUAUUGGAUGUUUCCUUCUUUGUUCACGAGACAUUGGGCUCUUAUAGGUCUCUUGAAGAAUUAUGGGAUGGCGAGAUGUGAUACUUUAAAUGGUCUAUUUGUUUGUCAAUAAUGAUAUGUCUCUCUAUGUUGAACUUUUAGGUUUGGUCAUGAAUGUUACAGAAAAUACAUGUCACCACAUAAUUUACAAUCUUGUUUAUUCUUACUUU